AGUAUAUAUGGUAUAAGUUUCAAACCUUGUCUGCAGAGCUUAUAGUUAGUCCCAGGUAUCACAGGGCAAGCUGCAUACACAUCCAGCAUCUCUUAAGCUCUCUUUUUUCUCGUCCGACACGUGACCCAGCCUGCAAGAGUUCUUGGGCCCUCUAGAAGUUGCUCACCAUCAUCAACUCUAGGCCUGUCACUAGGAUGGCGGACAUGACCAGGCACGUGGUGAUGUCGUUCCUGAUGCUGAUGGCGGCUGAAUCUUUCCUUGUUGACGACACUCACGAUGAGUCACUGCAGGUAGCACUGAAUGCCAUCGAACAGCUGAACAGCCGACUACAGGAUGUGACGUCACGCCUUCAGGCUUCCGAAGCUGCUUUGAAAGCUUACACGGAGAAGCUGUCCACGGCGCAGACAUCAAUAACGUCGCUGCAAUCACGUGCUUUCUCAGAUUUCAUCUGGUACGACGACUGGGUGCUAGUGUUUCGGGCAGCCCAAGGUAUAGAGAAGUCUGUCUACGACACCUGGACAGCCGCCGGUCGUCAUGACGACGAUCCCAUUACCAGGCUAACGUUACCGUGUGGCUGUACCUCUGUUAACGGGUCCCUGCCCUGUGACAGACACUACCGCAGUCGUAUUCUGGACACCUGGCCGUCAUUGUCUAUAGACCAGGUGAAACUGGUGGUGUACGAUCGCGGUGUUGAAAAGGCGCACGUGACGUUCAGAGGAACCGGUAGUACCAACAUGUCGUGGUUCUCGCUGGAUCGGGUAGUUGAGUCUUCGUGGGACGAUCUCACACCAGCAGCCUCCGUCAACUACUUCAGCAUUGACGGACAUGCCACUAGCACGAUGCUCCGACGCUUCUUCAUCAACCACGAGUACAACACGUGCGCAGGAGAUUCCGGAUGGCUUGUGGUCGUUGACCGAGAGACCGAUGACUGCUCUUGGGGCACGAAGGGUCACUUCCCGUCCAUCCUGUACGACCCCCAGCGGCGUGUGGUCACAGACGAAACAGGUCUGAUAGAAGCUGACGUCAUGGCAGUUUUUGUCAAAUUUCGCCAAAUCGCCGACCUUGGAGAAGUGUGCAUGAAGUGAUUAUCAACAUUGCACAGUGCGAAGUGUGCAUGAAUUAUUUGUGAACACUCACAGUGUAAAUGCCAUCCUCGGUACAGCAGACAAGUGAGCUCGCCAGUUGUGGAAAAGAGCAAAAAGAUUCCCCACCAGAUGCCAUUGUAUUUACGCCUAGACUGCGAGUCUCAUUAAAUUGUCAUAGUUGUGAAAAACA